AUGAUUGAAGUGUGUUCGGCCUCUAUGCAGAAAUCCCUUCAGGGACUUGACAACACCACUGCAGAGGGUACAGAGGCUUUUGAUCAACUCUUUUCUAUGUUGGAGGCCUUAGCAGAUCAGGGCAUCAACGUUACUGCCACUCAGAAAUUUCUAAAGGAUGCAAAAAGGUACUUAAAGAAUGAUUUCAAGGCACACAUCGGACGAGGAGAACAUUGCAGUGAUCACUGUACGGUCCACGCACUAAGUGACAGUAGUGCAUGGGAGUUCAGGGGCGAAUGUGAUCAUGAACAUUGCUACGAAUGUGAGCGCUGUGAGAGUCUAGAAGGAGUACUGAAACAAGUGGCAGAGAUGCAAGACAAAGCGGACAUGACGGAAGAGGAGAGGGUUAGGUGGAGGUUUGAGUACACUGAGAGUGUGCGCAACAUACAAGCGUGGAAGGCUCACUUACUACGGUCAAGUAACCAGGACGAAGCCAAGCAGCAUAUUCUCGAGAAGCUAGACGACAACUCGUGUCUUGUUAUAAUGGACUGGGCAAUGAAGUUUCUGCCUGUGCAAUACAGAGAACACAUGAGUGAUUUUUUUGGCAAGAGAGGAAGAAGCUGGCAUAUCAGUGCAGUAAUCACUAGAGCAACAGUGGAGAGCAAGCAUGAAGUCGAGUGUUUUGUACACAUUUUCAACAACUACACCCAAAAUAGCUUUGCAGUUCUUUCAAUAAUAGAGGACUUGCUGCAAAAAGUCAAACUGGAGUAUCCAGGGGUGACAACAGCCUACCUCCGAUCGGAUAACGCUGGAUGUUACCACAAUGGGCCUCUGUUGUUAAGUCUUAGAGAAGUAGGGGUGAGAACCGGUGUCAGGCCAGUGCGAUAUGAUUUCUCAGAACCACAGGCUGGCAAGGACAUUUGUGAUAGGAAGACUGCUGCUAUGAAGGCACACAUAAAGCGCUGGGUCAACGAAAAGCACGACGUCGUCACUGCUGAAGAUAUGAAAGUAGCACUAGAAUCCCAUGGAGGUAUCAAAGGGUGCAGAGCAGCGGUCGGUGAGGUGGACACGACCAGGGAAAGAAACAAAGAUAGCAAGAUACCAGGCAUUAGUGUGUUGAACAAUUUCCAGUAUGAGGAGUGUGGCAUCCGUGUGUGGAAAGCAUACAACAUCGGCCCUGGACGCCUCAUCCCUUAUAGCGGUCUUGGAGUUACACCACAAGGAGAUACUGGAAUAAGGGUGGUAAAGCCAUUUGGUCAAGCUACACACAGGGGAAGCGUGGGUGAGAGCGUCAGGCACCAGUCCGAGAUCUACUCUUGCCAAGAGACUGGAUGCGUCCUCACGUUCAAGACCCAAGCAGAGGCAGACAACCAUAUGGACACGGGCAAGCACUGUCUUGAGGUGGACUGUGAGUCCAUGUAUGACCGCGUUAGGAGGAAAUGGGCGGGAAUUGUGACAGGGGUGACGUUCGCUCCGGAUGUGCCAACAACCUCAUCGCAAGGUGAGAAUAGUGGCAGCGCUUUCAGAGAACAUGACCCUAGACCAUUGGGGUGGGCUCUGAAGGUAACAAAAAGAACCACUAGAAUGACUGAUAACGUCAAGACCUUCUUGAUGAAGAAAUUCGAAGAGGGUACAAGAACUGGAAACAAGGCCGAUCCUGUACGGGUAGCGAGGGAGAUGAAGACCCUCAGAAAUGAGGACGGAGAGCUCACGUUUAAGCCUGAAGAGUGGAGGACUGCGCAGCAGAUCAGUAGCCUGUUUUCACGUCAGACAGCGGCGCUGCGUCUUAGGGGUAUUGAUGCGGAGGAAAUCUCGGAGGAAGACAUCGAGGCUGCCGAGUCGGAAAUAGCGUUUGACACCCUUAGAAGUUUGGUGAUGGAUGAUAUGGGCAAACCAAGCCAUCCAAUCAUCGUGGGCAUUAGCAAUAUCUGCGAACUUGUAAAAAACAAGAAGCUUGACUCACUCAAACUGGCAGCUCUGAAAGAAAUCUGCAAUCAGCUACACCUGACGACAAGCGGACCACCGUCAAGAAAAAAAACUUUCUUUGAGGCCAUUCAAAAAUUCUCUGAGAGUUGCACGUGUUUUCAAAAAUAA